AGCAGGUUACGGUUUGCUUUGGGUAAACUGAAAAAAAAGGCUGCUUGUCAACUCUGGAUCUCCUGUGUGCUGAGACUCACCUGACUUGAAAGCACGAGACAGGAGAAGGAGAAGAGGUUAAAUUAGUUGGAGCGUUAAAGUAUGCCAAGAUCAUGAAAUUUACUUUUUUGGCUGGUGGUGGACCACGGUGAAUUGACAAAACAUUUUUGAUCACUUUGACUUUUCACCAACUGGAAGCAGCCCAAUACGACAACAUGUGGAAAUACGGCAUCAACCCUCCCAAAGACGAACCCAUUCUAACUGAUCAGGAUCCUCCUACGGUUGAUGCCGGUGAUGAGAAUCCAGAGCGCGGUAACUGGACCAACAAGACCGAGUACAUGCUCUCUUUGACCGGUUACGCCAUCGGUCUGGGAAAUAUAUGGAGAUUUUCAUAUUUAACCUACAAACACGGCGGGGGUGCCUUUGUCAUGGCCUAUUUCAUUAUAUUGGUUUUGUUCGGGAUUCCUCAUUACUUCCUGGAAAGCGCCAUUGGUCAGUUCUCCAGUCAAGGCCCAGUCAACGUAUGGAGAGCACUGCCCCUACUUCAGGGUGUCGGCGUUGGAAUGAGCUUUGCAAGCGGCUUGUUCUCAAUAUACUACAACGUCAUUGUGUCCUAUGGUUUGUUCUACCUGUUCGCCUCCUUCCAGUUUCCGCUGCCGUGGGCCAUGUGCCAAAGUUGGAGCGAUGAACACUGCAGCGACACACCUUUAGUUUAUUGCAAUACAAGUGGUGCUUUCGCAGCCAACUGGACUCUGGAAAACAGAACUUGUGCUCCAUCUGACAAGAUGAGACUUGGCGUGCAGAGCCCCAGUGAGCAGUACUGGGAUCGAGUGGCUCUGCAAAGAUCGAGUAGUGUUGAGGAGACAGGUCCAAUCGUUUGGCACUUGGCUCUGUGUUUAUUGCUGUGCUCCACCGUGACUGCUUUAGUCCUCAUCAAAGGAAUCAAGUCAUCAGGAAAAGUUAUGUAUUUCACCUCCUUGUUCCCGUAUGUGGCGCUUGUGAUCCUGCUGAUCAGAGGCAUGACACUGGAAGGAGCCAGAGAUGGAAUAAAUUUCUACAUUGGUGCUCAAACUAACCUCACUAAAUUAAUGGAAGCAGAGUUGUGGAAGGACGCCGCAGCUCAGACUACGUUUUCGCUCGGGAUUGCUACUGGCGGACUUGUGACUCUUGCUUCUUAUGGCAAGUUCCACAACAACAUGUUCAUCGACUCAGUGGCCAUUUGCUUCGUCAACUACGCGACAAGUAUUUUAGCAGGCUGUACCAUCUUUUCCGUUUUGGGUUACAUGUCCCACAGCUACCAAGUUCCUAUUGGAGAAGUGGUGAAAGAUGGAUUCGGCCUGGCAUUCAUUGUCUACGCAGAAGCUGUGACCAAGCUUCCCAUUUCCAGUCUUUGGUCAAUCCUCUUCUUUUUCAUGAUAUUCAUUGUUGGCCUUGACACUCAGUUCACAAAUAUUGAGGUGGUCUCCACCACCAUCAUUGAUGCCUUCCCUAAAUAUAAACGGUCCUAUAUAAGUGUUGGCUGUUCCAUGAUCACCUUCUUAUUAGGCCUGCCGUUAGUCACCAAGGCAGGAAUAUACUGGUUGACGCUAAUGGAUGACUUCAUUUCCACCUGGCCAAUUUUGAUUUUGGCUCUGAUGGAGAUCAUCACUUUCUGCUACAUAUAUGGUUUGAACCGAUUCAUUGAGGACAUUGAGAUGAUGCUCGGGAAAAAGAGUUUCUGGUUCUGGCUGUGGUGGAGAGCAUGUUGGUUCGUUAUCAGCCCAUGCAUCCUGUUGGGCAUCCUGGUGUGGUCUCUGAUGUCGUUUGAGCCCCCCAACUAUGGAGGAGUAGAACUCUCAGCUUGGGCAGUGGCUUUGGGUUGGUGCCUCCCUGCUCUCGUACUCAUAUGGAUUCCCAUCAUUGCUGUUUAUAAGAUGAGCAGAGCCGAAGGAAACCUUUGGAAGCGCCUGAAGUCAACGUGCUCCCCAUCGGAAGACUGGUGCCCUUUCCUGGACAUCCAUCGAGGAGAGCGCUACUCAAAGGAGCGCUGCCAAAAGAAAAGAGAACAAAAAGCAGAAGAUCACGAACAAAUGCCGAUGCCAGUGUUCAGUGGUUUGUGACAAUGUGGAAAGCAAAUGACUCAAGAGUUUGAAAAGUGCAGCUUCAUUCAAAAAUCAUCAUUACAUCAGAUAUCAUGCGGUGAAAUAAAAUCAACAAUAA